AUGGCAGCCAAUUCUGAGCCUUAUCAACAUCAGCAUUCAGAACCCAAAUCACAUAAUUUCGAUAACGAAAAGAUGAAGUAUGAGACAGAACUUGGGCAAUCCGAGCCCGCUGCCGCUAAUGGCUUGCUCGAAGCCUUGGGCUAUGAACCUGAGCUCACCAGGAACCGUUCAACUCUCCAGGUAGCCUUCAUGUCCUUCGUUCUCGCAUCCAUCCCUUAUGGACUAGCUACCACUUUCAUAUAUCCCCUUGUUGGAGGCGGCCCCGUGAACAUCAUUUGGGGCUGGCUGAUUGUCUCAAUAAUUAUUCUCUGUGUUGCGUUAUCUCUUGGCGAGAUUACUUCGGUAUAUCCCACUGCCGGUGGUGUGUACUACCAAUCCUUUAUGCUGUCGCCGCCCUUCUGCCGCCGGAUCAUCGCUUGGAUCUGUGGGUGGUCAUAUGUGGUGGGAAAUGUCAUGAUAACUCUCGCAGUCAACUUUGGGUCUGCCCAAUUUCUCAUUGCUUGUGUGAAUGUCUUUGAAGUUUCACCUGGAGUUGGGGUUUUUGAAGCCACCGCAUACCAGACCUUCCUCAUCUUCCUAGCUAUUACUCUUCUCUGCAACUCAGUAUCAUCUAUGGCAAACAGAUGGCUACCUUACAUCGACACCUUUGCCAUUUUUUGGACUUUCGCUGGAAUCCUUGCUAUAAUCAUCUGCACCUUGGUCGUUGCGAAGAAUGGAAGACACAAUGCUGAAUAUGUUUUUGGAAACUUUGAACCUCAAUCGGGCUGGCCUGUAGGCUGGUCCUUUUGUGUUGGCCUUCUACAAGCUGCAUAUACGACUUCCUCCACCGGAAUGGUUAUCUCUAUGUGCGAGGAAGUUCAACACCCAUCGAAACAAGUACCAAAAGCCAUUGUUGGCACCGUCAUCUUGAACACUCUCGCCGGAUUCCUGUUCCUUAUUCCCUUGAUAUUCGUCCUGCCCGAUAGCCAAGAACUGAUUGCUCUUGUGUCCGGUCAGCCAGUCCCAACUAUCAUGAAAUCUGCGAUCGGAAACUCAGCGGGCGCAUUCCUCCUCCUUUUGCCUCUGAUCGUUCUUGCCCUCAUCUGUGGUAUUGGCUGCACGACCACUGUCUCCCGAUCUAUAUGGGCAUUUGCACGAGAUGGUGGAAUCCCAUAUUCAAGUAAGUGGAGACGAGUUAACAAAAGCCUAGAUGUCCCAUUCAACGCUAUGAUGCUGGGUAUGGUGGUGCAGAUUGCUCUUGGGCUUAUCUAUUUCGGGUCAACUACUGCGUUCAAUGCCUUCUCGGGGGUUGGUGUCAUCACCUUGACCGUCAGCUACGCUUGCCCUAUUGCAGUCUCCUUUAUCGGGGGAAGGAAGCAGAUCAAAAAUGGCGAAUUUGACCUGGGUAAACUGGGCGCAGUAUGCAAUGUCAUAGCCUUGGCAUGGAGCGUACUCGCCGUUCCCCUAUUCUGCAUGCCCUCUUCAAUUCCCGUCACUGCAGAAACAGUCAACUACGCCCCUGUCGUCUUUGUCGCAUUUAUCCUUAUUGCCACUGUUUGGUACUGGGUCUGGGGUUACCAGAAAUACGUCGGGCCACCUACCGUCGAUGAUGCCGUGAUCGACAUUCGUUUUUCAAGCGAGUGA